AUGUACAGCUUCAUGGGAGGAGGUCUGUUCUGCGCCAUCGUGGCCAACAUCCUGCUGGUGGUGUCGACGGCCACCGAUUACUGGAUGCAGUACCGCCUGUCGGGCAGCUUCGCCCACCAGGGUCUGUGGCGCUACUGCAUGUCGGGCAAAUGCUACAUGCAGACAGACAGCAUCGCGUACUGGAACGCCACAAGAGCCUUCAUGAUUCUGUCCUCGAUGACGUGCUUCGCCGGGAUCAUCGCUGGCAUCCUCUCCUUUGCCCACUUCUCUGCUUUCGAGAGGUUCAGUCGUUCCUUCGCUGCGGGGAUCAUGUUUUUCGUUUCGACUCUCUUCGUUCUGCUGGCCAUGGCGAUCUACACCGGCGUGACCGUGAACUUCCUCGGGAGGCGGUUUGGAGACUGGCGCUUUUCCUGGUCGUACAUCCUCGGCUGGGUCGCUCUGCUCAUGACCUUCUUUGCAGGUAUUUUUUACAUGUGCGCCUACAGGAUGCAUGAGUGCAGGCGGGUGGCCGGCUCACGCUAG